GGUUCUUGUUGGCUAAUCACGAACGGUUUGGUUUUUAAAUAAAUAACUAUUAACGUGGCAAUGAUUCUGGCUAAAUGGUGAAAAAAUAUAUAGUAUUAAUAAAAUAUUUUUAAGAAUACGGUAAAAUGACAUUCUCUGGCGUGAAUGAAACACAAAGCCUUUGGAAAAUCGAUAGAAAAUUGGGCAAUCUGUUAGUUUUUAUUCCGAAGCACACGCAUGUCUAGCGAAUGGGGCUGACACAAAAUGGCCGACAAGUCUUGCUGCCCUCCCCGAGGCUAACAGCGUGCCACAAAUAUCUAGCCAUAUAUAUGUGAUAUCUAUAGCUUGAGCAGCAGAUGCAACCAAGGGGAAAAGUCACGGCUGCAGUGCAGGUUAAUUCAGUUGGACGUUAAGGACAAAAGGACUUUUGGGAUCAUGCUGAGGGCUUGUGUCAGAAGUGCAAAUUCUUCACUCUGGAAACACUAUGGGCGAACCAAUCGUAACAGUCUGCAGCCCUGCAGACACUACACAGCAGGCGAAAGCAGUGGUGCUGCCAAAGUAGUUACCGCUGGUUUGAUGACUGUCGGUGGUGUCAUCGGAGGAACGGUAAUCUACGCCAAGUGGGACCACAAGUUCAGAGAAACUGUGGAGAAAAAUGUUCCUUAUUCAGAUAAGCUGUUGGAGUUUGCAUUAGGACCUGCUACCCAAGAAGCAGGUCUUCCUGUCAAAAAAAAGAAUGAGUUGGCCCAACCUCCCUCCAUGAUGGAAAAAGCGGUAAAGGUAUCUAAAACCAGGCAAGAAAAAAAAGUGAACGAAUCUGCAGAGAGUCCCCUUGAAGUGGCUAUUCCACUCCCUGUACAGCCUGCGCAGAGCCUAGCAGCAAUCACAGACAUCUCAAAGGAGGCUUCAGCUGAGGCAACUCAUAUAAUCUCAGCUAUCAGUGAAGUACCAUCAGUCCCUGCUCCAUGCGACACCGCAGUGACACCUGUCAAAGAGGAGUGCCAAGAGUGUCAUGACCAUAAGGUUACUGAAGAAACAGCUGCCAUUCCCACUGAAGUAGAGUCCGUAGCAGCAACAGCCCCAGCAGAACCACUCAGAGAACGUCCUGUAGAAGAGGUGACAGCGAGACUUGCUCAACAAGACGUAGACGAACAGGAAAUCCUUGCAUCUGUUUCAGUAAGUCUUGACGAUUCAUUGGCUAGCUCAGCUAAAGCCACAUUGCAGGCCAUCGGAGCUCAGGAGGCAACCUUGCAGGCAAUCUCGCAACAUACACAAAAACUCAAGGAAGCUAUGGAAGCUGAGGUUCCACCUCAGCUGAAGUCAGCCCAGUGGAAGGAUCUCGAAUCUUGUCUUGCAAAUAGGGCAGCUGCUGCAAACGAUGCAGAAACAGCUCUGCUGAAAGCCAAUGAGGCCUUGGACAAUCUCAAAUCGGUCAUUGAAAAAUCCAAGGGGCUGAAUGUCACUGCUGUUCGCCCACUCGUGUUAGCAGCAGAGGAGAAUCUCCAUAAAAUGGUGGUGGAUUUGGAUAAAGUUAUCAACAAGGUGCAGUCUGCAGAGUCAGAAGCUAAGAUUGUCUCCCAGUACAGUGAACUGGUUAAUGAAGCUAAACUACAGUUCCAAAGAGAAGUGAGCAGCCUGACUCCAGAGAUACAAGCCAACUGGAAAGGACUGACUGGUAAAUUGUCAACAGAUGACCUGAAUGCCCUGAUUGCUCAUGCACACCGUCGCAUUGACCAACUGAACCGGGAGAUAGCUGAGCAGAGAGUAAGAGAGCAGAUCCAUAUCGAUGCCGCUCUAGAGCAGCAGAAGUUGGAACACCUGAAAGCCCAGGAAUCGGCUGUUAACACAUCCCUGCAGCAUAUCAAGGAGGAGGCGCGCCUGGAGCAGGAAAGGAAGUUGUCUGAAUUGAGGGAAGUGAUGGAGGCAGAGAUGAGGACUCAACUACGGCGUCAAGCAGCCGCUCACACAGACCAUGUCCAAGAUGUACUCAAAGUGCAGGAGCAGGAACUGAAAGCUGAAGCUGAGCAGGUCUUAAGCAGUAAGUUGUUGGAACAAGAAACCAAAUACCGUCAAUUGAGCCAGGAGCAGCUGGACAACUUCACUCUGGAUAUGAACACCGCCUACGCCCGACUAAAAGGAGUGGAGGAGGCUAUAGAUAGCCACGUGGUAGCAGAGGAGGAGGCUCGAAAAGCACACCAGCUGUGGCUUUCCGUGGAGGCUCUCAACUACACCUUAAAGACCACUGAAGCCGGUACACCCACCAAGCCGUUGGAAGGCGCCGCUCAAGUCGUGCGAGACAACUGCCAUGACGAGUUUGCUUCGGCUUUGGCUUCGGCUCUUCCGGAAGAAUCGCUGCAGCGCGGCGUGUACAGCGAGGCCUCGCUGCGAGCCCGCUUCUACGAUCUGCGUUCGCUCAUUCGCAGGGUUGCCCUUAUUGAUGAGUCUCACAACUCCUUGUAUCAGUAUUUCCUAUCCUACCUGCAAGCGGCACUGUUGUUUGAGGCCAAACAGGAAGCCCCGCCUAGCCAGCUAAGCAGUGAGGAUUUAGACCCUUUCAAGCUCCUUUCAUAUGCUAGCUACUGCUUAGAGCACGGUGAUCUGGAGUUAGCAGCAAAACUAGUCAACCAGUUGACAGGAGAGGCCAGAAGAGUGGCGGAGGACUGGCUGAAUGAAGCCAGGCUCACCCUGGAAACCAGGCAGGUUGUCACUUUGUUGUCUGCUUAUGCAAAUGCAGUGGGGCUAGGAACCACACAAGCACCUUAGGCUCACCUUCUAACGAAAGGGACACUUGAUUGAAAAUGUUUGAGUACCACAUAGUCCCUUCCCCAGCUUUUUGCUGAGGUGAGAGAUGUAAGCAGACAUAAACCUAGUCACUUUUCUGUUGUUUAAAAGCACUAAGUUUCAAUGGAUGAGUGUUUAAACAAAUUACUGGUAUUCUCUCUGAGUCUACUGUUAUCAGUUUAGGCCCACAUUAACGAGGAGUUUAUUUUUGCCAUGUUUAAUUCCUUUUUUUUUUUUUUUUCCCGCAAGAAAUUGUAAUUAAUGACAAUAUUGUGUAAGAAAUAUUUCUUUAUCUGCAUUUUAUUUUUGUCAGUUAUGCACUAAAAAAUAAAUAAGA